UUCUCUCUCGGGAGUGUUGUUUUACUAACCUGAAGCCCGUGGACUUUGAAUUUUUCAUGAAUAGAGCGAGGAACAAAAGCUAAGAAGCGCAUCAGAUGCUUAUGGCUCACUUAACGACCUUUCUUUCCCUUUCUCGAGGGUUAUUCCUCCUUUUCUGAAAAACCUAAUUAAAUAGUGGAGGAACUCAACUUCAGGGGUUCCUUUUUUGCGUUUGAGGAAAAACAUAUAGGGUUUAGGUGAGAAAGUCAUCAGUAAGAUGUUGGAUCUUCAGAAGAGGAGGGUGAGGCUGGUUCUUUUCAUCUCGGGUCUCAUCAUUCUCAGCAUGACAGCCGAAAAAUGCAGGCAGCUUGUGGGGGAUGAAUCCUCAUCUCAGAGUGGGAAGUUCACAUUAUUGAAUUGCUUUGAUAUGGGAUCAGGAUCCCUAGCAUGUUCUGUAAAAGAGGGUGUUAAACUCUAUAUUUACAAUAUCAGGGCCGCUCAUGUCGAAAAAGUAAGGCAAAAGGCGAUCGAGAUGGCAUUAAGUGAGGCCUUAUCUCAAGGGCUGAGUGUUAGUGCAGCAACAAAGCAAGCUCAACAAGCUGGGGCAAAGGCAGCAAAACUAGCAACUCGAAAGGCCAAACGCAUUAUAGGUCCUAUCAUUUCUUCAGGUUGGGACUUCUUUGAAGCCAUUUAUUAUGGAGGAACCAUGACUGAGGGUUUCCUUAGAGGAACCGGCACUUUGUUUGGGGCUUACAUGGGUGGCUUUCAAGGGGAACAAAAACUUGGGAGGGUCGGUUAUCUUAUUGGGAGUCAUUUGGGAAGUUGGGUUGGAGGGAGGAUUGGGCUCAUGGUUUAUGAUGUUGUUAAUGGGGUUCAUUAUUUGCUACAAUUUGUCAGGACAGAAGAAGAUGCAGGUUAUGAAGCAUCGCCAUACGAGGGUUCUGAGAAUUAUGGGGAUUCUUAUGACCUAUAGUAUAUUAGGAAUUGUCAUUGGAAACAUUUACUUAAAGCAAAUCUUUGUGAUCAUAUCCUUUCAUGAAUUAUAUAGUUCAAUACUUAAUGCUGUAUUGCUUCUUGUAAAUAGUUGUAUGGCUUUGUAAAAGGCCAGAUUCCUUAAUGCUGAAAUCAGAGAGGGUCCUGAAAGUUGAACACCUGAAAAUGGGAGAAGAAAAUGCUCUCCAUGCGUCAGUAGACAAGCUUUUCUUUGUGGAAAUAUGUUUUGUCAUAAUGCAAAAACAUGAUACACACUUGUUCCAUUUGAAUGAAUAACAAUGGUUUGGCAGUUUCUAUUUUCA